AUAGCCACACGACACGUAUUGUACUAGCAUGCAUAAUUCUAAACAUCCAUUUAAAUACCCAUCUCGCUUGCCACCGUCGAUUAUUUAUUUACUAAUUGUUUAAAAACUACCUGAUAACCCUAAAAAUAAUUCAACAAGUAAAAAAUGUACUCCUAUAUAUUUAUCUUAAUCCUCGCAACUGUAAAUGUCUUCUCGGAAUUUACUAGUGAAGAUUGCCAGUCUCUAGGAUUUAAUAGAGCUAAUUUAUUAUGCUCGACAUGUGAUCAAUUUUCUAAAUACAAUUUAAGUGAACUUGAAAACAAUUGUCAAGAAUGCUGUCUCAAAGAAGAAGAUUCAAGCUCGAAGCGUUAUCCACGAGCAGUGCUUGAAGUUUGUACAUGUAAAUUCGGAGCUUACCCUCAAAUCCAGGCUUUCAUAAAAAGUGAUCGUCCCAACAAGCACAAAAACCUUGAAAUUAAGUACGUCAGAGGCCUGGACCCCAUGAUUAAACUUUACGACCAUGAUAAUAAACUAGAAGACAUUCUUGACAUCACUAAAUGGGAUACUGAUGACGUCGAAGAGUUUCUCCAAACUCACUUAAUGCGGGAUUAAUUUAUAAUUACAGUUAACGAAAUAAUAAUUAAUUAGAUUCCUCGUUGCGGCAGCGGAUUUUUAAGACGCAUUUCUUAGCUCUUGCUUUUAAUUAUUGUGUUAAAAACUGUUGACAAACGUAAACGUCAAAAUAUUACCAAGUUAAACAGAAAGAGUAGUCAAUUUA